GUCGGGCUCGCGCGGCGGCGGUCGCGGUUCCGACGCCGGCCGGCUUCCCGCGCUGUGGGCGCCCGCCGCCCAGGCCCCGGUUCCCGCCGCUGUGGGCGCCCGCCGCCCGGGCCCCGAGCCGCCGCGAUGUUCCGGAUGCUGAGCAGCAGCUUUGAGGACGACCCCUUCUUCUCCGAUUCGUUUCUUGCACACCGAGAAAGUAUGCGGAACAUGAUGAGAAGUUUCUCUGAACCUUUUGGGAGAGACUUUUUCAGUAUCUCUGAUGGUAGAAGAGGCCAUAACCGCACAGGACAUGGUGUGAGUGAAGAUGCCAUAGCCGCAACAAGUUUUUCUCUUGUGCCUUUUGGCAGUUUUGGCAGAAUGCAUACAGAUGUCAGCCCUUUUCAGGCAGUGGACCGAAUGAUGUUAAAUAUGCGAGACAGUAUGCAAGAGUUACAGAGAAACUUUGGUAACCUGUCAGUGGAUCCUCACGGACAUUCAUUUUGCUCGUCGUCAGUAAUGACUUAUUCCAAAGUAGGAGAUGAACCACCAAAGGUGUUCCAGGCCUCAACCCAAACUCGGAGGGCUCCAGGAGGAAUAAAAGAAACCAGGAAAGCAAUAAGAGACUCUGACAGCGGACUGGAAAAAAUGGCAGUCGGCCAUCAUAUCCAUGACCGGGCACACGUCAUCCAAAAGUCAAAGAACAACAGGACUGGAGACGAGGAGGUCAACCAGGAGUUCAUCAACAUGCACGAAAGUGAUGCCUAUGCUUUUGAUGAUGAGUGGCAGAAUGAAAUUUCGAAGUUCAGGGCCGGCAGCCGCCCACGCAAUCUGGAAAACACUAGAAUGCGAAGUGUUGGUCUGGAGAGUCCAAAAUCACGGGAACUUAAACGAAGGGAAAAACCUCAUCAACAUCUCACUGAAAGUGGCAGAAAACCAAGGGCUUGUGUGGACAAACUUAACAUCAAAGGGUCGCCUGUGAGGAUCAACAAAAAAUAAAUUGCCAUCAUUUCAACUGCCUGGUUUUGAUGGCUUGAACCGAGAAAGUAGUGGUGCUGAGUAACACACGUGAGACCAAUCUCCUGCGAGUGCUUUCCUCUCAUGUCCUCCGGUUCCCGCACGCUCCAGCUUCACACUGUUCCUGCUUUAGGAAUAAAACUUUGAUUUUUCACCAAUGUGGUUAAAUUGGAAAACAUUCUGUAAAGCUCUUUAAGACAUACUAACAGAUUGAUUUGAGCUAGUUCUGUCAUAACUAGUUACAAGAAUAAAGGUAGGUUAUUUCCACUAACUA